AUGAGUCUCUGGUCAGGGUCCAUCGCCUUGGAUCCGGAUCGUCACUUGGAAGGUAAAUCGUACGCUCCUCACGAUCACAUCACCGUUCUUGCUGACCCGCAAUCAGGGAUUGAACUAGUCGAUCCAAACUCCCACUGGCAGUCCGAUAUUUCCAAAGAGGCGAACCUAAACCUUCGAAGUUUCGUGAACCCGGCCCUCAUUCCUCUCCAUGCGCGAGCCGGUCCCAAUCUCGAGCUACACACGAAUAGUGCGGGGACGGCGCAAUGGUUCCAAACCAAAAUGACCGGUACCAUUUGGCUUGGUGAAGAUGAGUUGGAUCUCCACCAGUCACUUCAAUGCCCGGUCGGUCUGCUGGUUAGUGUCGAUGGCAGCACCACCAAGAAAACAGGAGCGGUCACAUCGGAUCUGUUGGUCUACGGCGUUAUCUCGAACGCGACAUCCUGUGCACGCCCACCUACGCCGCCACAUUCGUCACCUUCCGAGGUCAACAACCAAUCUAAUAUGCCACCGGGUAGUUCGCAUGAGUUGAGGAUAUACGCGGCGCCGCUAUCAACAUCUCUCCUUACCCAGGCGCAGGCAUUCCCAUCACCGCCGCCCAGCUCCAACGAAGAGCACUCCGCCAACCAUGCCCGCUGUGCCGAGUUUCUCCCGGACAUCAGCUCGCCAAGUCCGAAGCGGAAGCGGGUGGCUACCCUGUUUGAAGUUGCGGCCCAGCACCACCGCCGGGUACGACAGAAGGGCGGCGAGGCCGUCUCGCAGCUGAUGGCGCCCUCACGGCCGCUGUCCUCAUCUCAGAACCUGCAGUCCCUCCGCAUCAAGCGCGAACCCGAAGAAGAACAGCCUAGUCUUCCCACUCUUGACCGGCUUGUGUCGCACCGGUCACGGUCCGUAUCGAUCGGAGCCAAUCUGCAUCGUCCAGGCAGCACGCGCGGAACACGGGCAACCCCGGGACCUAUUGCAGACCCGCAGAAGCAUGCGCCGACGCCGAACUCAUUCCUUGAACCCAGUGCUCGCCGAGAGCAGCUGACGCAACAGCAAUCGUCUCUAUCCUCGGAAGAGAAGGAGAAACCCUCUUCCACUCCCAGCUCACCGUCCAAUAACACUGAGACCACUAUUGCUGAAAACAAGAAACUCAUUACUCGCACCAUUCUGACUUGCAUGCGGCUUUACGGCUUCCACCGCACAAACCCGCGGUCUGCGUCUAGUAAACCCUCCUUGGCAGGUCCAGCAGCCGAUGCGGACCCGGACACGUCUACGGGGACUCCGGCAGCUGAGGGACUUCGCGCCGAGACGCCAGCCCCGGCGCUCCCAGCCGAUGAUGAUGAGUUUAAAGCUAUGUACCAUGCAACCUACAAGGCAGCCGCCUUUGCACUGCGCAAGUUUCUGAAAGAGUCACCAGCUGCCCCGGGAUCCACGCCGCCUUCAUUGCAGAAAGAGAAAGCUAUGGCUUAUAUCGAUGAGUUUCUGCGGCUGUUUUGCGAGGAGCAUUAA